CACAAGUGCACUGUAGGCGCAGUGCAAGAAUCAUUAACAACAAUUUCAAAAGUCUACAAAUACAAUAUAAUAAUAAUCUACAUUAAUUCAAAUUAAUAUCAAAAUGGCUCGAAAUCUAUUAAAUGUUGGCAAACAAUUCGGAAACAGAUUCUCAAAGAGAAAUUAUGCUAGUGCGUCUGAAUAUUUAAUUAAUGACUCAAAAUAUUCGUUUUUGAGACAACUGGGCUUGGACAAAAGCAAUCAAGGUGUUUAUGAUGGUCAAUGGUUUGGAUCUGGCCCUACAGUAAAAUCAGUGUGCCCCAGCAAUGGUAAAGUGAUUGCAGAAACAGUAUCAGGCACAAUCGCUGAUUACGAGAGAUGUGUGAAAGCAGCAGAAAAGGCUUGGCCAGAAUGGGCCAGCUUGCCUGCUCCAAGACGAGGAGAAAUCGUAAGGCAAAUUGGAGAUGCUCUCCGAGCUAACUUGCAACCUUUGGGACAGUUAGUUGCUCUUGAGAUGGGUAAAAUUUUGCCAGAAGGUGUGGGUGAAGUUCAAGAAUACGUUGAUAUCUGCGACUACGCUGUCGGUUUAUCUAGAAUGCUGGCUGGUGCCAUCCUGCCUUCCGAACGACCAGGACAUGUCUUAAUGGAAAGAUGGAAUCCAUUAGGUUUGGUCGGUGUUAUAUCCGCUUUCAAUUUUCCAGUUGCUGUAUAUGGAUGGAAUAGUGCUUUAGCCAUGGUCUGUGGUGAUUCGGUUUUAUGGAAAGGCGCUUCCACAACUCAAUUGACGACUAUCGCUACUGGCCGUAUUGUUGCUCAAGUUCUUGAAAAAAAUGGUAUUCCAGGCGCAAUUGCAGCAGUUUGUUGUGGUGCUUCUGAAGUCGGCGCAGCGAUGGCUAAGGAUACCCGUGUCAAAUUGUUGUCCUUCACUGGAAGCACUCACGUUGGCCAGCAGGUUGGUGUGGAAGUACAAAAACGUUUUGGACGUCAUUUAUUGGAACUCGGAGGAAAUAACGCCCUAAUUGUAGCUGAUGAUGCUGAUGUAGAUAUGGUUGUAAGAGCAGCAGUAUUUGCCUGCGUUGGAACUGCUGGUCAGAGGUGCACAACAACCCGACGAUUAAUCGUACACGAUAAAGUUUACGAUGAAGUGAUCUCACGAUUGAAGAAAGCUUUCGCCCAAGUUCUUACAAGAAUUGGUGAUCCUUUGGACAAAGACACUUUAUAUGGACCUCUACAUUCUGAAAAUUCUGUUAAUGAAUACAAGAGAACGAUUGAAGAUGCUAAGAAAUUGGGCGGUAAAAUUGAAUUUGGAGGCAAGGUGGUAGACAGGCCCGGAUUCUUCGUCGAACCCACAAUUGUUUCUGGAUUGGCCCAUGAUGCCCCUGUAGUUCGCAGCGAGUGCUUUGCCCCAAUUGUAUACGCCUUGAGAGCCUCUUCUGUCCAGGAGGCCUUCAAAUGGAAUAAUGAAGUUGACCAGGGAUUAUCAUCCAGUCUCUUCACCCAAAGUAUUAGCAACGUUUUCGAUUGGAUAGGCCCAUUGGGUUCAGACUGCGGAAUUGUGAACGUCAACAUUCCCACAUCAGGGGCUGAAAUUGGUGGUGCAUUUGGUGGUGAAAAACACACCGGUGGAGGCCGCGAAUCCGGAUCAGACUCCUGGAAACAAUAUAUGAGAAGAUCCACUAUCACUAUUAAUCACAGCACCGAAUUACCUCUUGCACAGGGCAUCAAAUUCGAAUAGAUUAAGUUUUUAUUUUUAACAUUUGUGAUUCACUGUAUUAUUAUUUUUAUAUCUAUCUUAUUAUAUGCCCAAUAAGCUGGAUUAAAGAUAUUUCCUUGAAGAAGAGGAAAUAUUAUAAAUUUAAUUUAAUUUGAUUCUUUAUUCAAAAAUUGCAACAACAUGAACUCAAUAGGUGAUA